AUGCGUGUCUAUGCAUUAUUUGGAGCAACGAGGUGGAUGUUAGCUGUAUUCGUCAUCCUGACAUUAUUACUAUUCGGAUUCAACAUCCUACAGCUCACAUUGAACCUUGCGUCUGGUUUUGGGUGUCUGGAUGUCACUCAUGUAUCCGGAGUUGGAUGGACGGUGACUUCUUUCGUCGAGCUACUUCUGUUCCUUCCGGUUCUCUAUAAAACUGUAUGCAUGAGGAAGUUCAGCUUUCCAAUACACAUUUCGAGGGACAACCCGCCAAAGAAAGAGGACAUAAUCACGCUAAUGGCAAGAGACUCCAUUGUAUAUUUUGCUGUAAUAUUCUCUAUUUGCCUUCUCGGCGCCAUUCUUGUUUUUAUCUCUGAACGUAUUCCAAAGGAUUCCGACGCUUCCGAAUUCCUGUCCUUCAAUUCGAACACGUACCUAACAGUCGCGAUAACAAUUAUAACAAUCCUCGCUCCGAAGAUGCUCAUCAACCUCCGAGCAGAGUAUUACGGACCGGUCGGAUUAAUUGCGACUCAGCUUUCAUGGAACGCCCAGGCCCCUGAACGUUCUGUUCUGAUGACUACUAACAUUAUAAUGGGACAAAGCAUGGUUGAUGAUCGCCUUUGA